AUGGCAAAAGAUUUCUUGUAUCGACUCGAAGCCCUUCGCAGAUCGAAUAGCUCCAGGCCUCUCCUUUUCAUCGCUCACAGCCUUGGCGGCAUAAUGGUCAAAGAGGCCUUGCGGCAAGCGUACAACAAUCAGAAUCGACAUAUUCAGCUUAGACAAACAUUCGACUCGACCAUUGGCAUACUAUUCUUUGGGACACCUCACGGAGGCGCUGAUCCACGUGGACUUGUCGUGGGAAUUAUCGAGAGACUUGCCAAAGGAUUGGGAUUCGAGGCUAACCAGCAUGUUCUCAACACUUUGCUGCCGGAUUCGGAGUGUAGGCAGCUGAGGGACGAGUUCAAUCCGGUCCUUCAAGAUCAAAACUGGAUCAUUUAUUCUUUUCAAGAAGCGCUUGCACUGUCGGGUCUUGGACAAAAGGUCGUGGAAAAUAGUUCGUCAUGCCUGAACUUCCCGAAGACUGAGAUGACCAUCUCAAUUGGGAAGGACCACCGUGAAAUGUGUCGUUUUUCUAGCGUCUAUGACCCCCAGUAUCAAAAGGUGGCAGCAGCUCUGGAUCGUAUUGCGGAACAAGUCUCGGUGUCCCCAUCAACAUCUGACGCGGGAUUGCCCGCCCCAUUUCCUGAUGAGCAGGAACCCCCGGAGGCGACUUCGCUGGACCACCAGAGCAUUCAAACACUGCUGGAUUCGUUGAGAUUUGAGCAGAUCGACUCACGGCAGGAAAGCAUUCGGGUGGCGCACAAAAACACUUGCGUCUGGAUAACGAAAACACGAGAAUACAAAGACUGGCUUGACAUCAACAAGAUGGAGGAUCAUCACGGCUUCCUUUGGAUGAGAGGAAAAGCAGGAAGUGGAAAGUCAACUUUGAUCAAAUCGACCCUCAGAAGCUUUCAAAACUCCAAGAGCAGCAAGGGUACUACGGUCAUCCACUUCUUCUUCAACGCGCGGGGUGCUGAGCUGGAGAAGACCACAAGAGGGAUGUACCGGGCACUUCUCGUUCAACUACUGGAGAUACUGCAGAAGAAAAUGCCCCAUUUUCAAAGGGAUGUCUUCAAGUCGGCUGCUAUCAAAACUUGGAAUGUGAGAGAAGGUCGCGAGUGGUCCGUCGCAAUUCUGGAAGAGCUUUUCGAAAACGCCAUUUUGUCUAUUGGUCAGGAAGAAGUGACAUGCUUCAUCGACGCGCUGGACGAAUGUGAUGACGAGCAGGUUGAGCCGAUGAUUCGACUUUUUGAGAGAAUCGGCGAACAAGUUGUCUCCAAUGGCCUGCGCUUUCGUAUCUUCUUUUCUAGUCGACCUUAUCCGGAUAUCUCACUGGACACCUGUCUCAACCUCAUGCUUGACGGCCAGGAGGGGCAUGUCAGAGAUAUCAAGACUUAUAUUCAGAAGGAAUUGAGGGCUGGUGAUCAGCAGACUAAGGAUCAAUUACUGUUGAGGGCAUCAGGGAUUUUCAUGUGGACUGUCCUGGUCGUGGACAUCUUGAAUAAGGAGAAGCGCAAAGGGACACCCAAUCACUUAGUCACCAAAAAACUCAAAAAGAUCCCGGGCGAUCUAUGGGAGCUGUUCAAAAGCAUUUUGAACCGAGAUCAGGAGGACAAAGACCAGCUCCUGCUUUGUAUCCAGUGGCUAUUGUUCACGCGAAAACCAUUGGGUCCGGAGGAGUUUUACCAUGCUCUUCUUGCCGGGAUUGAGACUGAUGACGAUUCAGUGUUUGAGGACAACUCAGAGUCCGACGACUACGCAGUGCUCGGGGAGAACUCUGAUUCUGAGCACAGUCCAGGUUUUCAUGUUCAAUCAGAUCCAGACAAGGAUUCACAUUCCCUAGAUGAAGGCACUUCUGCGACCGGGGAUGCUUUGAGAGCCACAGUUCCUGAUAUCCCUAGAUUCAUUCGGAGUAUUUCCAAGGGCCUUGCUGAGAUCACACAGUCGAAGAAAACCCCAGUUGUGCAGUUCAUCCAUGAAUCGGUGCGAGAUUUUCUUCUGAAAGAAGAAAAAAGGGGGUUGCGAGUGGUUUGGCCCGAGCUUGGCGACGAUUUUGAGGCGCAAAGCCAUGAGAGAUUGAAGCAAUGCUGUUUCCAGUACUAUAUGCGGAGGGACAUUCUGACCAUCCUCAGCGUUGGUUUCGACACGGCACUUCCCAAAGCUUCAGCUAAGGGAGGCCAUGCCCUCCGCGUGAAGGCUACAGAGACCUUUCCAUUUCUGGGUUAUGCUAACCUAAACGUCCUCUGGCAUGCUGAAUGUGCACAAACUGCUCAAGUUGGCGCUAUUUCGCAACAAUGGUUCCUCGAUAAAGACUUCGACUUACGGACAUGGUUGCUGUUGCGAAAUGUUCUGGAAGUACAUGAGGCUCGCCGGUACAACUCCACAUAUACGGCCAGUCUGCUUUAUGUGUUAGCAGAGCUCAACCUACCUGCCUUGAUCAGAAUAUCUUUACCCAGCUCCUGUGGUACCGCCAGUAUCAUCACAGAAGAAGAGCGAUAUGGCUCACCUGUCCUUGCUGCGAUAGUAUCCCAGAGUCGGGGUGCAGUUGAUGCCUUUGUGGAUCAUUUAGCGGCCCUCCAGCAGAUUCCGCCAUCGACUGUUGGUGAAUGGAGAUCAGAAACCGGAACACACUCGUCACUAUCCACUACAGGUUUUCGGUUUUCGCAGAAAAGGGGUCUUUUAUCAUAUGCUGCGGAAUAUGGGGACGUGGCACUUUGCCAUCUUGUUGGCAGGAUUCUUGGUCACGAGGAGAUCAACAAGCGCGACCAGAAGGGAAGAACGCCUCUAUGGUAUGCCGUGCUAGGGGGACACAGCGAUGUUGCGAAGGUUCUCUGUCAAGAAGGAGCAGACCCCAACAUUGAAGCAAGUGCUGAUUUUGACAGAACGCCUAUCUCAUGUGCAUCUAAGGCAGGGCAUGUAGACAUUGUGAAGUUCCUCUGUGAGAAGGGUGCAGAUAUCAACAAACCCGACAGAACGAAGAGAGGGCCUAUUUCAUACGCGUCUGAAAGAGGCCACACGGCUAUUGUGUCAUUUCUUGUUCGAAAAGGGGCUGACAUAAAUGCCAAGGAUGUCGAUCAGAACACACCUGCCGUGUACGCUAUCAGGGAGGGCCAUAUGGAUUGUGUCAAGAUUUUUAUUAGCAGCGACUCCGAUUUUGAAGCGAAGCAUGGGUGGAAGAUGGUUGAGUGGCUUCUUGAGCAGGGAGCCAGUGUCAUGACAGUCGACCAGGAAGGAAGAUCUGCCAUGGCUUACACACAGAAGGGUUCGAAAACGAGAGGAUUGCCUUUGGCUCAGCUCAUUAACCUGAUGGGCCUAAGCAAUCCACACUGGACUGAUGAUGGCGGAACAAGCGUUUUAUACUACGCUGCUCAGCAAGGAGAUAACGUGGUCCUCCAAUCUCUCUUAAAUUUGGGGGUGGCGGACAUCAAUCUUCGAGAUGAAAGAGGGCGGACGCCUUUUAGCUACGCUGUUGCUUGUGGUGAAGGUCAGGACGCGGUGAAGCUACUACUCGACACCGGGACGGUCGAGGUUGACUCUAAGGACAGUAACGGACGCACGCCACUUAGCUAUGCCGUUAGUUCAUGGUCCAAUAGUGAAACGGUGAAGCUACUACUCGACACCGAGAAGGUCGAGGUUGACUCUAAGGACAAUGAUGGCCGCACGCCACUUAGCUAUGCUGUUAAUUCAAUGUCCGAUAAUGAAACGGUGAAGCUACUACUCGACACCGGGAAAGUCGAGGUUGACUUUAAAGACAAUAACGGACGCACGUUACUUAGCUAUGCCGUUACCCAUUCGAAUAAUGAAAUAGCGAAGCUACUACUCGACACCGGGAAAGUCGAGGUUGACUUUAAAGAAAAUAACGGACGCACGUUACUUAGCUAUGCCGUUACCCAUUCGAAUAAUGAAACGGUGAAGCUACUACUCGACACCGGGAAGGUCGAGGUUGACUCUAAGGAUAAUAAUGGACGCACGCCACUUAGCUAUGCCGUUAAUUCAAAGUCCAAUAAUGAAACGGUGAAGCUACUACUCGACACCGGGAAGGUCGAUGUUAACUCCAAGGACAAUGAUGGCCGCACGCCACUUAGCUAUGCUGUUAGCUUACGGUCUAAUGAUGAAACGGUGAAGCUACUCCUCGACACCGGGAAGGUCGAGGUUGGCUCUAAGGAUAAUGACGGACGCACGCCACUUACCUAUGUUGCUACCCAUCGGGGAAAUAAGCGCAGCUUAAACUUCUCCUAG